UCGCAGCCUGAUUUGACAUUUCUAUCUGACCUUCCCCUAUAUACACCGAUCUAACAAAUCCCAAUUUCAGUACCAGAUACAUAAAAACUCAUCGAAACCAAUGGCCGGAGAAAAGUCUUUCAAGUACGUCAUCGUCGGCGGUGGUGUCUCAGCCGGUUAUGCUGCCAGGGAGUUUGCAAAGCAAGGAGUCCAGCCAGGCGAGCUAGCAAUCAUUUCUAAGGAGGCGGUGGCUCCAUAUGAACGCCCUGCACUAAGCAAGGCGUAUUUGUUUCCUGAAGGAGCUGCCAGACUUCCAGGAUUUCAUGUCUGUGUUGGAAGUGGAGGAGAGAAACUAUUACCCGAGUGGUACACAGAGAAAGGAAUAGAGUUGAUCCUUAACACGGAGAUAGUAAAGGCAGAUCUUGCUUCGAAAUCGCUUACCAGUGCCGCCGGUGACACCUUCAAAUAUAAAAUUCUAAUCAUUGCCACUGGAUCCACAGUUCUGAAACUGACCGACUUCAAAGUGGAAGGGGCUGAUGCCAAAAACAUUCUUUAUUUGAGAGAGAUUGAUGAUGCUGAUCAACUUGUAGAAGCUAUCAAAGCAAAGAAAAAUGGCAAGGCUGUUGUUGUCGGUGGAGGAUACAUCGGUCUUGAGCUAAGUGCGGUUCUAAAAAUUAACAACUUUGAUGUUAAAAUGGUUUACCCAGAACCAUGGUGCAUGCCUCGUCUAUUCACUGCUGAUAUUGCUGCUUUCUACGAGGGUUAUUAUGAGAAAAAGGGAGUGGGUAUCAUCAAGGGUACAGUCGCGUCCGGUUUUACCAAGAAUGACAACGGAGAGGUAAAAGAAGUAAAACUUAAGGAUGGAAGGGUGCUAGAAGCAGAUAUUGUGGUAGUUGGUGUUGGUGCUAGGCCCCUUACAAAUCUGUUUAAAGGACAGGUUGAAGAGGACAAAGGUGGAAUUAAGACAGAUGCAUCUUUCAAAACUAGCGUUCCUGAUGUAUACGCUGUUGGUGAUGUUGCUACUUUCCCAAUGAAAAUGUACGGUGACAUUAGAAGAGUUGAACAUGUUGACCAUUCCCGUAAAUCUGCAGAACAAGCUGUGAAGGCCAUUUUUGCUAGUGAGCAAGGGAAGGAUAUCGAACCAUAUGAUUACCUUCCAUACUUCUAUUCGCGUUCAUUCGAUCUGUCAUGGCAGUUUUAUGGGGACAAUGUUGGCGAUGCUGUUAUCUUUGGUGAUCACGAUCCAGCAUCAGCGAAAGCCAAGUUUGGGUCAUACUGGAUCAAGGAUGGCAAGGUUGUGGGUGCGUUUUUGGAAGGUGGUGCACCCGAAGAGAACCAAGCCAUAGCCAAAGUUGCUAGAGCCCAGCCUGCUGCCACCAGCUUGGACGCGCUUGCCAAGGAGGGUCUGGAAUUUGCCAGCAAGAUCUGAGAGGUCUUUGGUUUCCAUUCAUUUUCUUCAAUUAGACUAAAGAUGAUGAUGAUGAAUAACGUGUUUCAGCAUUUAUGAUUUGCUUUAGUGUGUGUCUUCAUGUUACAUUUGCAUCUCCGUUUGGCUGUAAUUUCUUCCCAUAAAAAAUAUAUUUAAAAAAUGUAUCUUAUGUUGAGAGUUUUAUCAAUCUUUCAGUUAUAUAGUUGUAUUUUCUUAGCUUAA